GUAAUUUGAUGCUGAUGGCUUACACUAUGUGUAUCCCCACUGGGAAUUUCUCGAAAGGAUUGCCGAGUUGCGAAAAACUUGUAUAAAAAGACUUCUGGGAUCUUUACUCGGCAUCAGUUUCAUUGGACUUACCGAAGAAAUCAAGCAAAAUGUUCAAAGCUUUCGUUAUCGCCGUUAUUUUGGGAUUAGCUGCCGCUGACCACAUCAACAAGGAUGCUCAAACCAAGAGCUUCGUCAACGAUGUUGCUCCAGACGGUCAAUUCCGUUAUGGAUUCGACACCACCAACGGAAUCAACGUCCAAGAAAGUGGAAACGCUGAUGCCGUCCAAGGAAACUUCAAAUGGGUAUCACCUGAAGGCGAAGCCGUAGAAACUGCCUACGUUGCUGAUGUCAAUGGAUACCAACCAACUGGAUCCCACAUCCCAGUUGCUCCACCAGUACCAGAAUACAUCGUCCGUGCUUUGGAAUGGAUCCGCGCUCAUCCACAAAAGGAAGAACUAAUCAAGUCCCGUUACUAAAUUGGCCGAAUAAUUGAUGUUAACACUGGCGUGUUUGUGAUAACGAAAGUGGAAUAAAUUAUUGUUGAAUCGAAA